UACAAAGCUAUUUACAACUAUAUAUAUCUUUAUUAAAGAAUCCGAAACCCAAUAUAUUCAAAAGCAUAGCCCUUCAAGAUUACUAUCAUCUUUUUGCUUCAAUAAUAAGUUAUAUAUAAUAAAGUCAUAGAAUCAUAAUUGAAGGUUCAAAUUAUGGCUGCUUCUAUGUCUUCUUUCUUACCUAUGAAACCAAGAGGAGCAUAUCUCAAGAGAUUCAACACAAGACAAAGGAUGCAAGUAAUUAAAGUACAAAACUAUCAAGAUGAAGGGAGAUUCACCAAUAUGGUAGAUGCAAAUUUGAAUGUUCUAAAGGAGAGGAUAGAGAUGGUGAAGGUGAAGGAAAGAUUUGAAAGGUGUUGCAAAUGUCAACAAGGUUGGAAUUAUGUACCACUUUCUAUUAAUAAUGAUUAUCAAAAAAACAAAAGAAAUAGAGAAUUGAAAAGCUUCAUUGAGUUGAUUGGUUUAGUUUGUGGAACUAUUGGUGCUACCUCUUUUGCCGGAACACUUUUCAUUUGCCUUGUUUCAUUGCUUGUUCAUUGGCAAGUAUGAUUUAUUUAUUUUUCAAAAGAAUGUAUAUUGAUAAUUGAUUAAUACCCAUUAUUUUAUUA